UCAACAACCCUGUGAAUCGAUAAGACACAUAAUCAAAAGUCGCGGGUAUAUCUGAAUAAGUCAGUGAUCGUCGGGUUGUAAAAAUUUGUACUAGAAAUGAUCCGUCUUGGCCGCCGUGGCAAUGGAAACAGCAGAAAGUAAUGUCGAAUUUUUUAGAAAUUUAGAAAAGUGGUUUCAUUGAUAUUAAAUAUGAUUGUUUCAAUAUGUUUCAUAUCGUCAAGCCCAGCUUAUCGAUCCGGUAUUUUUUCUCAACAUUUUUUGUGCUCUCUGCGUUGCAUCUAAUUUUUUUUGUGUGUUAGUUUUUGUGAUUAAAUUUUGAGUUUCCCCACCCUCAUACUUGCACACGCAACUUUAUUGCGUGCCGUCACGCAGCAGCAGCACGUCUGUGCUUGUUUCGGUUGCGCGCGUCGCUGCCAGCAGAAUACUGCAGGUGUUUUUUUUUAUUUCAUUGUUUAUUGUGAAAUUGUGCAUAUCGGGAAAAAGAAGCGGAGUUGUCCGCAUAUGUGGUUGUCACUUUUUAGACUGUCUGCAGUGCUGCCUCUCACAGAAGAAGUGCAACCAGGUUAUGGAUACCGGUUCCAAGAUACGCCAGCUGUGUAAACUCUGGAAACUCUGGAAACUGUGGGACACAAAGACCUAAAUUUAAACUGCAACUGUAACUGCAACGGCAACUGCAACGGCGACGGACAAAAUUGUCCCCAAACUGUCAUUGUCUUCGGCGUUGUGCAACGUUUUAAUUGAAAAAGUUUUGCAUACGCAAUUCUGCAUAGAGACACGCAAAUAUGACUGUCAAAUUGGCCAAGCUCUUUGGAGGAGUUGGGGUUGGGGUUGGGGUUGGGGCAGUCGGAGUAGGAAUGGGAGUGGGAGUGGGAGUGGGAGUGGGAGCUGGUUCCGGCAGCAGUGUCCAUGGCGAGAGCAACAUGGAUGCGAGCCACCAGCCGCUGGCACACGUGCAAACUCCAGCGGCGCAAAACCAACACCAGCACCAACAGGCACAGCAGCCGCCGCCUCUGCCACCACCAAAUACAAAUAUGAAGAAUCUCAAGUACUACGAGCACCUGCAGGCCUCCUACGACUGCCACGAUCUGAUGCUGGACGAGGAGGACGAUCAGGAAAACUACGAGGAUAGCAUGUCCCUGAGCUCCGUCUGCAUGCAGCGCAACCAACCGUUCAACAAUUCUCAGCGGCCCCUGCUUGGGGAGCGGCGGCCCCAGCUCACCUUGACGGCUGUGGGCCAGAAAACUGUGGCCAAGUCCUUCCAGCAGCACGCCCUGCCUGGCCCUGCCCUGUCCCUGGCACCGCAGAGAGGCCACGCGACCGCCGCGUACAUAUCGCCCUAUGUGCACCAGCAGAAACGCGACAGCGCCAAGGGCCUGCACGGCUUCAACGACUUCGACGCCCUGUCCCAGCAGUACAACCAGCACCUGCAGAGUCCGCACAUCGGCUACCCCUACGGGAGUCCGCCCUCGCCCACCGCCCACUCGCGCGACUUUUGCUUCGACCGCCAGUCGGGCCAGGCCACGUCCAGCAGUUCGUCCAACUGCAGCAGCUCGGUAACUACCUCCACCGCGUCGCCGACGCGCUACUACCAGGACGCGGCGACGGCCCCAGUCUAUCCGUCGCGGUUCGAAGACGACUUCUGUGUGCGUCGCCCGGCAGACUCGCCCCUUUCCCUAUCCGUGUCCGAGGCCCCGCCAUUGCCCCCCGCAGCGGCGGCCGCCUCCACCACGGGUCCCUUCAUCUUCGGCAUCUCCCACGAACAGCAGCCUGCGCACUACGGCUGCACUCCGGUGACCCCGACAGCCUCGCGAAAUGCACUUCAGCCUCUGAAAAUUCCGUUCAGAAGGGACCACAAGCCGCUGCAUUCCUGCGCUGCAAGCAGUAGUAAAGGAUCCAAAUUCUUGUUACGGAAACGUAAAUCGAAGAAGACAGCAGCACCAGCGUCACCGAAUGACGGAUCAAGAACUGCCGCAAAUGGUGGCACAAACGCUGGCACCGCCACGCAGCCUUCAAUUAAGUGCGUGCUCGUCGGAGACGGAGCUGUGGGCAAAACCAACUUGAUACUGUCAUAUCUGGAGAACAGUUUUAAUCCAGAGCACAUCCCGACGGCCUCAGAUAUUUAUAAAGGAAAAAGUCAAGGAUGUGUUCGAUACGGCCAUUUGGGAGGGUCUUGUGCCCACCACGCUGCCGCCCACGCCUUCUUUUUGGCGAAAAUUGUUAUGUUUGGCCUGAAAAAAGUAGAUGGAUUGAACACAGGAUUGCUUGAAAGCUCUGCACAGGAAUAUAUUAUUUUUAUUUUUUCGCUAAUACAUAGGAGUAGUAUAUUAUAUACAUAUUAAUAGUUAUUUAUAACUAGCAUUAUCUAUCGUUUUUCGUUUAGCAGUGCUCUUUAUGUUUUGAAUGCACACAGACUGAUCUACAAAUAAAUAAAAAUAUAUAUGGAAUAUAUAAUUAAAUUUAUUAAAAAUCGUUGGACUUGGUAAAGUUAUUGACUACAUAUGUAUGUAUUUUUAAAAGCCUCUACAGAACUCCAAUAAUUAUCUUGAUUGAUUUGUUUCAAUUUGUAAGUUCUACACUCAUAUUUUUUCAAACUUAAUCAAUAUUGUUAGUCUUUAAAUUACGAGUAUUCAACCUACUGCUUAUGUCGUACAUUUGGGCAUUUCCGUGGAAAUGUCAACCAAAAAACAAAAGUCAAUAAAAACACACUUCCAUAUACAUUUGUCCCGAUAUUAUUUUCUAAGUUGAUUGAAAAUCAGCUAAUUUAACCAAUUGGCAUAUAAUUUUAUUAUCUUUGAUUUGAAAACGUAUUAAAAUAUUGUAAGCAGAAGAUCACUUUUCUGGUACCUUUCCAUAUAUUUACAGUCAUGUUUUCCUUUACUAUUUUCUUCUAUUAGAAAGAUAAAAGGUUUCCCGCAAAAGUCUCUUAAAAGCCAACUAAGUUCUUUGUUAAGAAAAUAUGGAGUGCUUUAUGAGAGAGUGUGAGGUGAUAGAGUAAAAAAAACACAUGGAAAAAUCGUACUUUCGCGACCGGUACUUAAUUCAAUUUUCAAAACACCAGUAGAGAUAAUUUAUUGUGUAAAUAAUCGGCGGAAACCUACAUUAAUCCUCUUUUAAAAUAAGUUAACUGAUUUAGAUUAGAUUAGGUUAAGCCAAAGUCAGCUUAUUUUUCGCGUACGUUCUGUGGUAGUAAACAUAGGACUAACAAAAUUCUAUCGAAUCGACAAAAAAAAAACCUGGGGAAAAUAUUUGUUUUCUAUCUUAUUAGUAAAUCAAAACAUACGAACGUAUCCGCGGAAAUGCCCAUUUAUCAUUUCAUCCAUUUAAGCAUUCGAAUUAUAAGAAUAUAUUAUAAAUUUUGUAUACUUAAAGUCACAUAAAACGUUAAAAAUGACAGAAA